AGGUUCAACUCAGUUGCUGAGAAGUUUUUGUUAUCUCCCAAACAGGGACAAAAUAAAUACUUGCUCCACAUUUUAUAUCUCUCUUCUCUUUCUUUUCACUUGCACACGCACUCCUCUCUCACUCUCCCCACUGCUAUCUCUUUUCUCUCCCACAGUCAUAUCUUUUCUCUUCUGGGAUAAGAUCGAUCCAUCCUUGCUUCCCUCGCUCCGCUUAACCCUCCUUCGCCCCUAUUCACACCUCGUUCAUAAUGUUGAGAAAUCCAGCUCUCAAGACGGUGCACGCUGCUGCACAACGAUAUGUUACCAGCCAGGUCAGGAGCUACAGCAGGCGUGCCCUGACCACCCUGGCCGCCUUUCCAGACUUGCGCAUGGAGACCAUGGUGCAAACAACGACAAAACACGGAAUGGAUGUCAUCCAUGAUCCACUGCUCUCCAAAGGAACCGCCUUCUCGCUCUCUGAACGCGAGCGUCUCGGCAUUCGCGGACUGGUUCCUCCACGAACUCAAGAGAUGGAUAAGCAGCUUCAGCGCAUCAUCCGUAACCUUCGCGAGUGCCGGACACCCCUCGAAAAGUUCAUUUUCAUGACCGCUCUCCAGGAUCGGAAUGAGACUCUCUACUACCGCCUCUUGAUCGACAAUCUAGAGGAGCUCUCGCAGAUUAUUUAUACACCAACAGUCGGUGAGGCCUGUCAGCGAUUUCAUUCCAUCUACCGCCGCUCAAGAGGAAUGUACUUCAGCUCAAUUGAUCGCGGACAGAUGGCGGCUAUGGUCCAUAACUGGCCCCAUGAUCAGGUCGAUGUCAUUGUUGUCACAGACGGCUCCCGCGUCUUGGGCCUGGGCGACUUGGGAGCCAACGGCAUGCAGAUCCCCAUCGGAAAACUCUCCCUGUACGUCGCUGGCGGUGGAAUCCGUCCCACAUCAAUCUUGCCCGUCGUCCUCGAUGUCGGCACAAAUAAUGAGCAGCUCUUGAACGAUCCACUUUACCUCGGAAUGGGCCACCGUCGCCUAGAAGGAGAGGAAUACUACUCAUUUGUGGAUGAGUGGGUUCACGCCAUUCAAAACAGAUAUCCCAACGCACUUAUUCAGUUCGAGGAUUUCAAAUAUCCUCAUGCGUACAACCUUCUCCACAAGUACCGGGAUUCGAUCUGCUGUUUCAACGAUGACAUUCAGUCAACUUCUGCUGUCGCCCUGGCAGGUGUCUUGGCCGCAUUGAAGGCCCGCGGCAAGCCAAUUGACCACUUGAAUGAGGAGCGCAUCAUCUGUGUGGGCGCCGGCAGCGCCGGCGUCGGUGUCUGUGAGGGUAUUAUUGACUGCAUGGUCGAACAGGGCAAGGUGAAGUCUCGUGAGGAGGCCUACAGCAAAAUCUGGAUGUUAGACCAGUACGGCCUUAUCGGUAACCCUCAUGUCGGCUCCACUGACGGCACUAAGCCUCCACCUGUUGGCCUGGGCGAUCGCGCCAAUUUGGAUGAACGUCAGCUGUGUUACCUCAAGAAGGAUAUGAAAGACCGCAUGAACUUGGAGGAUGUCGUCAAGGCUAUCAAGCCCACCGUUAUUCUGGGUCUCAGUGGAUCACCUGGAGUUUUCACCGAGGGUGCCAUCCGUGCUAUGGCCGAAGGCGUCGAGAAGCCUGUCGUCUUCCCUCUGUCUAAUCCUACCCAUCAGUCAGAGUGCUCCGCUGAACAGGCAUUCCAAUGGACCGAUGGACGCGCCAUUUUUGCCAGUGGAAGCCCAUUCAAGGAUGUUGAGUACAAAGGCAAGAUUUGCAAGGUUAACCAGAUCAACAACGCUAUGUCAUUCCCCGGUCUCGGUCUCGGCAUCACUGUCUCGCGUGCCACUCAUGUCACCAGCAAAAUGUUCAUGGAGACGGCUAUCACGAUUGCCAACAUGGCUUCCGAGGAGCAACUCAAGAACGGAACCCUUUUCCCCGGUGUGGGAUCUCUUCGUGAAGUCUCCAAGGAGGUCGCUGCCAGGGUCUGCGAAGUCGCAUACGAGCAGGGGCUGGCUCGUGCCCAGCUACGCCAGGGUGUCAGUCUGAAGGGCAUCAUCGAGGAGUCGAUGUGGGACCCUGAAUACGUUCCCACCAUUCGUAUUGACGGCCACAUGUAGAACACACAUCUAUUUCAAUCGCAUAAUCAUCAUCACUAUUAAAACUGAACAUCGCAAGCGAAGAAAUCGAGCACAAGCAGAUCAGUGGUAAAAGGGGUGAACCAAACAAUGGCACUAACGCAUGCCCCCUUUGUGCUCAUAGCAAGCAGAAGUUCCUCUCAUUUGCUAUCUUUCCAUCGUGCCCUGAUUAUGAACACUAAAACUUCGUUUCUGCUCGGAAUAUUGCGUUGCAGAGGAACCGUUGAAGUCCAUCGAUCUACGAAAUGAGAAUCGGCCUCGAACAAAUUUGAUCCGC